UGCGACGAUUGAAAUCAACUAAAUACAAAGCGGGGGUUCUUAUCCCGGCAGAUUUACAUCGAAUUAUGGAGCGACUCUCACUUUUUAUCCGUUCUUUGGUCAAAUGGGAGUCAAGAUCUGGAUGACGGUAUUUUUUAACAAAACGUUCUUUGGCAAUUGUGGGCUUGCCUAAGUAAACUCCUUUAAAAAUACGGCCCUCAGCACCUUGUUUGAAUAAUUCAAAACCUUCCAUGGCCAGAGGUUUUUAAUUUAUUUCAGAUUUUACUCUUUUGUUGAUAGCAAAAAGUGAGGUUUCGCAGAUGUAAAUACUUUUGUUGUUUACAACAAACUGGGAUCAGGAAAACAUGUCUUCGCUUAUUACUGAUUAUUUUAAUAAUCUAAAAUUUAAGUUUUUUGUAUUAACAUAAUUCAAUAAUUAAUAAUUUUACUUACACGAUUAAGAUGUGACAUUUAUGGGUUAUGUUAUCCUAACCUAAACAAGUAGUUGCAUUAUAAAAAUAAUUUUUGUUCUUGUGUAGUUAGUUGAGAACUUGAGUAUGGCUUCUGUAGAGGAGAGCAUUGAGAACGUAACUAUUACUUCAUCAUCUAAUGAAUAUUCCAGUGACUCAAGUACUGAAAGCAGCGAUGAAGAAGAAAUACCCAACUUCCCCAUAGCAAUGUGGGAUUUUAAUCAAUGUGACCCCAAGAAAUGUUCAGGCCGGAAAUUAUCUCGUUUAAAAUUAAUUAAAACUCUAAAAGUCAAACAAAAAUUCCCUGGGCUGGUAUUAACCCCCACUGGAACUAAAUGCGUGAGUCCCAAUGAUUGCGACAUUGUUUCGAGCAAGGGUAUAGCAGUUGUCGAUUGUUCAUGGGCCAGAAUCGAUGAGACGCCCAUUGCAGCACUUAAGCCCCAGCAUGGGCGCUUAUUACCAUUUCUGGUGGCUGCAAAUCCCAUCAAUUAUGGCCGACCUUGUCAACUAAGCUGUGUUGAAGCAAUAGCAGCAACUUUAUAUAUUACGGGGUAUAAAAAAUUAGCUCGGCAAUAUUUAGACAAGUUUUCAUGGGGACAUUCAUUCAUUGAAUUGAAUAAAAAUAUAUUGGAGAUAUAUUCAAAUUGUAGCGACAGUCAAUCAGUGAUUGCAGAACAAACUAAAUAUAUUGAAAAUGAACAAAAAGAGCAAGAAUUGGCUAAAAAAGCGAAACCGGAUUUUCCGACAUCAAGUGAAAGUGAAUCAGAUUGAGUCUUUUAUAUAAAAAUGUAUUUAAGUAAAAGUAAAAACAUUAAUACAAGUGAGUUACGAUGCAUUAACUUCUUCAAUCGCCAAAUGUGCGAUAAACCUCAACCUCAUUUGCAAAGGCGGCCUUAAUCGACGCACAACAGUCUCCAAUUCCUUCUUCAUACUAUCCCCCACAA